UCUCUUGUGCGAGACUUGGCGAUUUGGAAGUUUUCCACUGCUACCUGCUGCGAUUCUCACCUCUGCAUCACCACAUCAUCUUAUUAAUUCACUUAUACUCAUACAAGUUCUUUUGCACAUAGUAACAUUCAGUUACACACACGCACACACACACACACACACACACACACAUUUAAAUAACCACCUUUCCCCCCCCAGGUGUCUUCUUUUUUUCUACUGUGGUCUUAUAGGAUGCCCCGUAGAGGACGGCGCUCCGAGGCGGCCAAGGUGAGAUGGAGGAAGCUGGAGAGUGUGCCGGUCGUCGCCAAGCCUGGGACACCACCGCUCGCACCCAGCGCUUGGAACCCGACUCGGUCUCCGCCGACGAAGAUGUCCCGACUGCUGGAGGGUGGCCUGCCCUACCAGAUGUCGCCCGUGGUUCGCCAGGACGAGGAGCCCCGUGAGCAAACGACCUCUCGUGUGUCACGCCGUGGGACGGGGCGUCGCCAUCUGGUGGAGACGUGGCCAGCUUCCCGGGUGACCAGACGGAGCUGCAAGUUGGUUCUGCCUACUGCCGAGGCUCUGGAGAAGAAGUUUGCUCUUUUGGUUGGUGAUUCCCAUCUGCGUGCUAUUGUGGAUGGGUAUUGUACCAUGCCAAAGGGCGACUUCUUCUUAGGGAUGCUUGCAUCUCCCGCGCGGCUUGAGGUGCUGGAUGCAGUUCUGCCUCGGCCCCCCGAGGUGAUCUGUCUUCUGGCCCCAAGUAACAACUUGACCGCCAGCAGGACCUUCGUGGAGGCCGGAGCGGCGUUUGACGCUUUGUUGCGUACCGUCUGCAAUCUCUCUGCUAAUGUGGUCGUUGUGGACUUUCCCCCACGUCUUCGCGUGGAGGAGAGUGUGCAACAGCUGCUGCGGCAGGAGUUUCAACGUGUGGCUGCUCAGAGAGGUGUUCGGUACUUGCCUGUCACUGAACACUUCCCGUUGAGCAGCCUAGCCUUGUGGAGCAGGGACGGCGUUCAUCUGAGCGAUCGUCCUGGGAUGGAGGUCCUUUCUCAGUUGCUUGAGGCGGCGGUCUCUUCGCAACUUGAGUUAAGUGCACCGAAAUCUCCAGCUCCUGUGAUGUUGGCUCCUCCCCCCCCUGGGACGGCAUCCCCCCCCGCGGUGAGACGUCCCCUGCCCCGGCUGGUUGUGGUUGGCGAGGUGGCUGCUCCGCGUCGUUCUGACCCCUUCGCCUGGACUGUGGUUGGUGGCCGUAAGUCGCCUCGCGGGGGCCAGGGUGGUGAUGGCUAUCCACAGGCCACUGGGAGGAUGGUUGACCAACAGGGAGACCUGCUGGAUUCUUCCAUCCCCCCGAAUCCUGUGUGGUUCAGCCCAACGUUGCUGGAGGAGAUGGACCGGAUCGUUCCUGCGUCUGGCCUUGACGCUCCGAUACCUACAUGUUCUCCGACGAGGAAGAAGAAGACGAGUCCGAGGCGUCGUCCAAUUUCCGAUCCCUCCAAGCUGAAUCCGGUGGAGCGGCAGAUGGAGGGAGCGCCGAGAGAGACCACCACGCCAGCUCGUCGCCAGGCACGGAGUCCGGUCCCCCCGAUGGACGUCGAGGCCCCUGCCGAGUCCUCUUCCGUGCCGCUGGAGGACCAUGUCCGGGAUGGGAGCUGCCAGAUUUCUGCGCUGGAACCCAGGAUCAGCGGUCCACCUGUCCUGUCGGUAAGUGCCUCACAUUCUCAAGCCGACAAAAGGUAUGCUGCAUUUUCCCGCAAUCACCAGUGCACAUGCAUGGCACUCACAUUUUUAGCUUACCACAAUGAGGGGUUGCAGUUUGACACAGUGUUGCUUGACAGAGUGAUUGAAAAAGGAGACCAACUUUAUGUCGGCGUUAAACAGCAACUGAUCAGUGAUGGAACGUUUCGUGACAAUCACUUGACAUUUGAAGAGAUGCCUGACCAUGUGUUGACUGACAGGAACAUCUAUGCUGUACACACAACUGGUUUAAGGGUAGGUCAUGUUUUUGCUGGUAGCGGGAGCCCUCAAGGAUCUCGACAAUUGGGUUUGCCUCUUGCCCUGCAACUGGAAUGUCUGUCGGAAAAUGUCACCCAUGCUUUUCUUUUGGUGACUCCAGAGUGCAUUGCAGUUUUCAGGGACAGAAGCGGUCGGUUUGGAGUUUUUGAUUCCCACUCAAGAAAUUCAGCAGGCCUGCCCCACCCCAGUGGAACUGCAGUAAUGAUGACUUUCUGCAACUUGUCUGACAUGGUCAACCAUCUGCUAAAGCUCUUUCGAAACCGCGGCCCCAAUGCCACCUAUGAGUUUGUGCCAGUAGGUUUUGUUAGGGACAAUGAUGACCCCUCUGAGGAUUUGGCCUUUCAGAACGUUUCACCUGCAAGCACAAAAGUAAGUCCAACUGUUUUCAAACCAGACGGCACCUCUGAAGAGGAAAUGCCUCCUUGGCUUAAGGAAGUUGCAAACGUAUUAGAGGAGACAGCUCCAACCAUUCCAAAUUUCUCAAAAGUUCCAAAAGCCAAAAGAAGAAAAAUUAAGAUCAGGGUCAAAACGCAACAGGGACAGAAUGUAGUAAAUAAAAUGAAACAAAGUUCAUCUGAAAAAGAAAAAUAUCUCAAAUCUCCAACAUUUAGGACCAAAAAGCUACAGGCCUUAAAAGAAACAUACAUUCUUCAUCAAGAACAGAGGAAGGAUCAGAUCAAAAAUAGAUAUAGGACAGAUGCAUCAUUCCGGAAGAGACAAAUAAAUUACGUUAAGUACAGAUUCAACUUUGUCCGCAGCUUCAGAGCCAGUCAUAAAGCCUACAUGGCUGAGUAUAUAAGAAAAAGGUUCAGAGAUGAUCCUGUCUUUAGAAACAGACAAAAAGCAUACAUUAGGAAUCGAUUCAGAAACGAUCCAGUCUUCAGAAGCAGACAAAAAUCAUACAACAGGAAUCUAUUCAGAAACAAUCCAGUCUUCAGAAGCAGACAAAAAUCAUACAAUAGGAAUCGAUUCAGAAACGAUCCGGUCUUCACAAGCAAACACAAAAAAACAAUGUGUGAAUACAUGAAGGCGAAGUAUCAUAGUGAGCCUGGUUAUCAAGUCAAACAUAAAGAAAAAUGUGCUGCCAACAGAAGAGUUAGACUAUCAAGACAAGCACUGGCCAAAAAUUUAACACUAGGACAUGCUUUGCGAAUCAGAAGAAAGUACAAAAGAAAUGUAGGCUUCCACUUUGAAACCCCACGCCCUCUGAUGAGUGACGAAAUGAAAGCUGCAAUACAAAACUUUUACAAAAACAUUCAAAACGGACCCACAUAUGUUUGCACUGUGUGCCACAGAGCUCUUUUCCCCAAUCAAGUAAAGCACUGUAAACGAGGUAAAUAUACUAAGAACAUGCGUGUGGUAGCUGAUUGUCUAACAGGUACGUAUGUUCAUGUGUGUGGAUCUGCAUGCUCUACCCCAUGCUCUGUACCCGAAGAGAGGAUGGGGGAGUGGAUCUGCUACACAUGUGACAGCCAUCUAACUAGAGGAAAGAUGCCAUCGAUUGCUGCUGCCAAUAACCUUCACCUGGCUUCGGUUCCCACAGAGCUUGCGGAAUUGAAUGUACUUGAAAGGCAAUUAAUUGCAAAGAUUUUACCUUUUGCAAAAAUUGUUUCCUUGCCAAAAGGACAGCAAAGGGCAAUACAUGGAGCUGUUGUUUGUGUUCCUUCUGACAUGGAAACAGUUGUAAACAGUCUUCCGAGGCCCCGUGAGGAAGCCCAGCUUUUACAGGUGAAGCUUAAGAGAAAAACCAAAUAUAAAGGUUACCAAUAUUUUUACACGGUCAAUAUGAAAAAUGUCUUGGGUGCACUAAGAAAGCUUAAAGAGAGUCACCCAGAUUACAAAGAUGUAACUAUAAAUGAAAGUGCAACAUUUGAGGGUUUCCAAGACGACCAGCCAGUUGAGGACGCUGAUCUACAGGCAGAGGAGGCUGAAAUGGAUGCAGCAACAGACCAGCAGCCUGACCACAUAGGGGCAGAGCAUCAGGCACUUCGCCCUGGUCUGAUCUUGGACACCUGCAUGCAGCCUCCUGACAUAGCACAGGAAGUAUUAUCAUAUGGAGAAGGGAUUUUCAGCAUUGCGCCGGCUCAGGGGAACAAGCCCAUCUCCUUCUUCAGUGUUCCAAGACUUGAAGCCAAGGCUUACCCUGUGCAUUUCCCAACUGGAGUAAACACUUUAGAUGAAUCCCGCCGUGUUGCACUUUCACCGAGUAUGUAUUUCAAUGUACGGCUUUUCUCAAUAGAUACUCGGUUUGCCAAAGACCAGAGUUACCUUUUCUUUGCUCAGUUUGUGACAGAAACUCAUAUUGCCAAUGACAGUAUGUCCAUUCAGACAAGAAAAGGUAAACCAAGCACCAAAGAUGGAAAAAAUAUUUCCAGCAAAAUGCUCCAGAACAAAGAGGAGUUGGAAAAACUGAUCCAAAAUAAAGAGGCCACCCGUUUCAUGCAACCCUUGAGAGGAACUCCCGCUUAUUGGGAGAAAGGAUUACGGGAUUUGCACGCCAUGGUGAGGCAACUUGGAAAGCCCACUUUCUUUUGCACAUUCUCUGCUGCUGAAAUGAGAUGGCCAGAAGUCAUUGAGGCCAUCAAAGGUCAACAUGGGGAGCAGGUAAGUUUUUCUGAGCUUGACUGGAAUGCAAAGUGUGACAUUCUUAGAAGUAACCCUGUCACCGUCAUGCGCAUGUUUGAAAAGAGAGUGGAUGCACUUUUCAGAGACCUCAUUCUUUCCCCUGCGCAGCCCAUUGGACCAGUUGAGGAUUACUUUUAUCGUGUGGAAUUUCAGGCAAGGGGUUCACCCCAUAUCCAUGCUGUGAUAUGGAUAAAGGAUGCACCUGAAAUGGAAGACCCUCAUUUUUGA